AUGCUCCGUACACUCUACGCAAUUCAAUUCUUUUAUUUGUAUUUCCUAGGCGGGUUUUCCCUUCUCUGUGGGGGAUUCACGUGGCUCACAUAACCGGCCAUUUAUUAAACCAGAUUUAGCCUUUGACAAUGUCGAUCAGCAAAAUGCCAACGUCCAGCUCAUAUACAUAUAUAUAAAUUUACACACACAAUUGAACGAAUUCCUUGAAGUGGAAAUGGAAUCCGCAAUGAUCACUGCCUUCAUAUAUAAAAUCGUUCCUCUAUCUAGUAUAAAUCUGAGCGGCCGAUGUAGUUGUAAUAUUUGCAACCAAAUUUAAUUUGUUUAUUUCUGUGUUUCUUCGGUCUCUUGGUGGUUUCGAUCAUGGCUAGAUUUCUGUUUGUUGGUGUGGGUCACCAAGAACGGGCUCUGACCGGUCUGAUCACCUACAGUCCAAUUGGUGAAGCUGGUUCAUGGAAAAACUCAUUGAGGAAAACUAAAACGAAAGAACAGCUAAUUGGAUCCUCGAAGAAAACCAAUUUAUUAAAUGCCUUUCAUUCAAGAAAGAUCAAUCAUUUACCUGCAGCUUUCCGUGGUAAUAAAGCAGAUGCAGCAGGACCUACAGCAGAAGAUAAUAGUAUAGAACAUCAUGUUUUAGGGAUGCAAGAUGAGGAUGAGACGGGGCAUACUAUUCCCAUUUUAUCUCUUUUCGAGAUAAUUGAAAAGAUGCAAGAGAACAAUAGAAGAAAAUCCAAGCAGUCUUAUGGAGCAAUGUAUUCAAGCAUAAUUGGAGGUAUAACUGUUGAUCCUACAUUGAUGGUCAUCCCACUCGAUGAUCACAUGGUCCAUCGAGGGCAUGGGGUUUUUGACACUGCUUUGAUAAUUGAUGGGCAUCUUUAUGAGUUGGACUCCCACCUAGAUCGUUUAUUGAGAUCUGCAUUAAUGGCCAAGAUUGCUCCUCCUUUUGAUCGCUCAUAUUUAAGAAGCAUUUUAAUACAAACUGUAGCUGCAUCACAAUGCAAACAGGGAUCCUUACGCUACUGGUUAACAGCAGGACCUGGAGACUUCUUCCUCUCUUCAUCUGGCUGCCCAAAUUCUGCCUUUUAUGCUGUUGUUAUCGAAAAUGCAUUGUCAUUUCAUACAGAGGGCGUGAAAGUCGUAACAUCUUCAGUGCCCAUGAAACCCCCUCAGUUUGCGACCAUGAAGAAUGUAAAUUAUCUACCAAAUGUUCUCUCAAAAAUGGAAGCAGAAGAAAAAGGAGCUUAUGCUGCUAUAUGGUUUGAUGAUGAAGGCUUUGUCGCUGAAGGACCAAACAUGAAUGUUGCAUUUAUAAACAAGGACAAGGAGCUUCUAAUGCCAUCAUUUGAAAAAAUUCUGAGUGGCUGCACUGCAAAGCGCAUGUUAGAUCUUGCUUCAACUCUUGUAGAGCAAGGUGUCAUCAGUGACAUUCGAAUUGGGAACAUAACUGCUGAAGAAGGCAAAGCAGCAGAAGAAAUGAUGCUUAUUGGAAGUGGUGUGCAAGUUACGCCUGUUAUUAUGUGGGAUGAACAACCAAUAGGAAAUGGAAAAUGUGGACCUAUCACACAUACGCUUUUAAACAUGCUUUUGGAGGAUAUGAAAGCUGGCCCUUCAUGCAUCCGUGUUGCAGUUCCCUAUUGAUGGGAAAGUGCCCAAUAAGAGUUUCGUCUCCUUCGACAAAUGUUUGCUUUGAUAAUAAGCAUGGAAGCGUACAAGUAGGUUUUCACCCCAAAGGAUAAAAUGACCGAAUAAAUUGAUAUUUAAAGUGCUUAUAAUCAGUGUAAAUACCAUGUUGCAUGGGUUGAUUGCCAGUACCCAUUUGGUGGACAGUUCGUCUGAGUAAUAUCUGCCAUAUAUUACAAAAUACAAUAAUUUUAACCUGUAUCAUGCUAUUUUCAAAAUGUAUGUGAUGUCACAUCCUCAUAAAACUGUUCAAAUACCCCUAGAUCUGUUGUAAUUUGGAUUACGGUGGCAACUUGUCAGCUGUGAUGUUUCAUUUUGAUUGUGUAUUUGUGUACGCACGUAUAAUUAAAAUGUUGAUUACUGGUGAAUGUGAUUUUAUUUCACUUCAUUAAAAUCGAACAUAUAUGAAUGUGUUUAUGACUA